GUUGACCAGGUUUAUCUUUAUCUGUGUAGUCUACUCAAUGUUCUAACCAUUGUACAAUUUUAAGUCAUUUAGUGAAAAAAAUAUUUGUUCAAAAAUUUCACUCCAUGGCUCUGGAAGUUAUUGCUGGACCUUUCAUGGGAGCUGUUUUCAAUGUGUUGCUUGAAAGGAUAGCUUCUUCUGAGGUUGUAAACUUCUUUAAGAAGAAUAAAAGUGAGAAUUUGCUGAAAAGAUUGAAGAUCAUUUUGCUGUCAGUCCAUGCUGUGCUCAAUGAUGCAGAAGAAAAGCAAAUGAAAAAUGAAGCUGUGAAGGAAUGGCUUGAGGAACUUAAAGAUGUUGCUUUUGAUGCUGAUGAUUUACUUGAUGAGAUCUUCACUACUGAAAAAAUGAAGCCACAAGAGGUAAACAUGUUUCAUUCUCCUACAACAGUUUUUCAUGAUAAAGAGGUUGAACACAAGAUAGAAGAUGUUUAUGAAAGAUUAGAGUUUGUUAUAAAAUUGAAAGAGUUACUUGAUUUGAAGGUUGGUAAGGAAAUGAAAGUGACACAUAAGACACCAACUUCAUCUGUGGUUGAAGCAUGUGAUGUGUAUGGAAGGGAUAAUGAUAAAGAUGUAUUAGUUAAGUUGUUAUUGUCGUCACAUGAUGUUGAUGAUGAGAAACUUGGUGUCAUUCCCAUUGUUGGUAUGGGAGGGAUUGGAAAAACUACCUUAGCUCAAUUAGUAUAUAAUGAUGAUAGGGUACAGAAGGAGUUUGAUCUCAAAGCCUGGAUUUAUGUUUCUGAAGAAUUUGAUAUCUGCAAGAUCACAAAGAAUCUGUUGGAGGUUGUCACUUCGUGUAGCUGUGAUGUCGAGGACUUGAAUUCGCUUCAGCGGAAUCUGAAAAUGUAUAUACAGAAGAAAAAGUUUUUGUUUGUUUUGGAUGAUGUUUGGGACGAAAACUAUGAGAACUGGGACAAGUUCAGGAGUCCAUUUAAGCACGGAGGGGCUAACGGAAGUAAGAUUAUUGUAACAACUCGAAGUGGGAAUGUUGCGUCGAUAAUGCAGACUUUUCCGCCUUAUAAUCUAACUGAAUUGUCCAAUGAAGAUUGUUGGGAGCUCUUUUCAAACCAUGCUUUUGGUAAUAGCCAUAAGGAUUCAGAUGUUCGUCGAAGUGUGGAAAGAGUAGGAAGAGAAAUAGUUAGAAAGUGCAAAGGAUUGCCUUUGGCUGUGAAGACACUUGCAGGACUUUUGAGGUCAAAAAGUGAUACACAAGAAUGGCAUAAAGUACUCAACAGUGAGAUAUGGGAUCUACAAGAACAUGAAAGUCAUAUUCUUCCAGCUUUGAGAUUAAGUUACCACUAUCUCCCUUCUCAUUUAAAGAGAUGUUUCGCUUAUUGUGCGAUUUUUCCGAAAGAUUACGAAUUUGAAAAGGAGAAGCUAGUUUUGUUGUGGAUGGCAGAAGGGUUGCUACACCAGUCAAAAAGACAUAGAAGAAUUGAAGAAGUUGGGGAUGAGUAUUUUUGUGAAUUAGUAUCCAGAUCGUUUUUCUACCAAUCGAGAAGUGGAAAGUCAUGUUUCCUAAUGCAUCAUCUUAUAAAUGACUUGGCUCAAUUUGUAUCUGGAACAUUUUCUGUGAGAAUAGAAGAUAACAAUUCUGAUCAAGUAAUGGAAAGAACUCAUUAUUUGUCUCACAUUAUUUCACAUUGUUCCUCCUAUGUAAACCUGAAAGAUGUUGGCAAAGCGAAUCGCCUACGUACUUUUAUGCAAAUAAGAACAAUAGGUACAUCCAUAGAUUUGUUCAAUGACAUGCCAAAUGAUCUGUUGACAAAGUUACGGUACUUGAGGGUGUUAACCUUGGUAGGUGCUUAUUUCUAUAGUUUACCUGAUUCAAUAGGUGAACUAAAACAUCUGCGCUCUCUAGAAGUGUCCGACACCGAGAUUAUAAAGUUGCCUGACUCCAUUUGCAGUUUGUACAAUUUACAAACACUCAAGCUAGUUGGAUGUUAUAAUCUUAAAGAAUUGCCAAAAGAUAUUCAUAAACUUGUCAACUUGCGAUACUUGGAUAUUACAGGCACUUGUUUGAAGUGGAUGCCAUUGCAAAUCAGUGAACUGAAAAACCUCCAAAAGUUGAGCGACUUUUUUGUUGGUGAAAAUCAUGGAUCUUCCAUUAGUGAGUUGGGAGAGCUUUGCAGUUUACAUGGAUCUUUGUUCAUUCAUGGCAUUGAACACGUUGUCGCUUAUAAGGAUUCUGAGGAGGCAAAAUUGAAGGAAAAACAUGGCCUUGAAAAACUGUCUUUGGAUUGGGGUGGAGACGGUGAUACCGAUAACUCACAGCAUGAGAAGACCAUAUUGGACAGCCUUCAACCACACACAAAUUUGAAGGAGCUUGAAAUCUAUGACUAUCCAGGCACAGAAUUUCCAGAUUGGUUAGGGGACUACUACUUUUGCAACAUGGUUUCCUUAAAGCUUAAAGGAUGUAAAUACUGCUACAAAUUGCCUCCACUAGGUCAACUUCCAAUGUUGAAAGAGCUUCAGAUUAUAAAAUUUGGAGGAGUAAUGAGUGUAGGAUCUGAGUUUUACGGAAAUAGAACUUCUGUCAGUACUGAUUUCUUUCCUGCACUAGAAAUUCUAAGGAUUGAGUCUCUGUCAACAUGGGAGAAUUGGUGUCCUGAUGCAGACAAUGUAGGCACCAGAGCUUUCUGUCAUCUUAGAGAGUUUUAUAUCGAAAACUGUCCCAAACUGACCGGGAAUUUACCAAGUAGUCUCCCGUCUUUGACAUUACUUGUCAUCAGAGAUUGCAAACGUUUGCUUUGUCCACUUCCCAAAGCUCCAAGUCUGCGCGUGCUCAACAUUCAGAAUUGUCAAAAACUAGAAUUCCGUGUGCAUGCGCCUUGGUACCACCAAACACUUACAUCUUUGUACUUGAUCGAUAGCUGUGACUCACUCAUGUUCUUGCCAUUAGAUCUUUUCCCAAACCUCAAAUCUCUUGAUAUUUGGGGAUGCAAAAAUCUGGAAGCACUCACUACUGUUUCAGCACCAGAUGCUACUCCUCCGAAUUUCAAAUCCCUUAACUCCAUGUGCAUAAGGCAUUGUCCAAAUUUCACAUCUUUUCCUAAGGGAGGAUUUGCAGCCCCAAAGCUUAACUUGUUAACCAUCAACUACUGUCAGAAGUUGAAUUCCCUGCCGGAAAAUUUGCACGAGAUUAUGCCAAGCUUGAAAGAACUUCAACUAAGAGGUUGUCCACAAAUUCAGGCAUCUACCAUGAGGCCACUAAGGAUUCGGAUUAGCAACAAAUUCAUGGAAGGGAAACAAAACCACUCUGAUCCUCUCUUUGCAAGGUUGGAAGGUCUAAUAUCUGUUCACAGUCCCUCAUCAAGUUAAACACUACCUUAGAUGGUAAGCAAUAACAAGCCUUUCAUUGAAACAAAUAUGCAAAAAAGUGUAAAAUUGUAAUACACUAUCACCAAUAGCAUCAAUAAAAAUGGAUUUGGUUAGUUAUUUUUUGUCCACUUAGAUUUUUUUUAGGGUGGUCGAUAGUGGAUUAUGAAAUAAUGAUAGUAGCAAACUACUACGAACUAUAAACUAAUCUUAGUAUAUUAGAUGUUAUGUUUUUAUUUAACAUUUAAAAUACAAAUUAAUUUGUCCCUUCAACAUAUUUCUCCCAAAUUUCAACUUUUGAAGUUUAAAUGUAGAAAUUUGUUUGAAAGGAACGCAUGAACCGAUUUGGCGGUUACCUCCCCUGAGACGCGAUUUUGUCCAUUUGGGUACUGGUACCUACCAGUACCAACAACUAUUUGUAUUCUUUCUUAAGUGUUUCUCAAAAGUGCGUUAGUUGCUGACUUCUUUGUUUUCAUUUAACUUUAAACUCAAAACACAUCUCUUCCAUGUCUAAUGGAUUCUCUGCAGACGACAACAUCGAACCUGUUGAAAACUGUUUGUUUGCCACACUAUUUUUUUAUGCUAAGGAACUCAUGCUCCCUUCUUUAGGAUUGUAGAGGAUUUCUCAAGCAUCUUAAAAGAAAGAAUUUUGUGCUGAAUUCUUACAAGCCUAUUCAUGGUGUAACUGUAAGACAUGAAUUCUUAGAUUGGUGGAAAAAGUACUAUAACUCUCUCUCAGCUGGUAUAGUCAGUUGUAUUUUCAAGAUUACAUGUGAUUUUCACCUCUGAUUAACCAUUAUGUACUGUACUUUCAUUACCCACACUUCAUCACUAUCUUUGUGUCAACAAUUCUUGGCUUAAUACUUUUCUCAUUAUUAUUUCUCGUAUAUAUAAAGAUUACUGGGCUAUAUCGGUAAUUACACUAAAUAAUUAUAUUUAAACUAAUUUCUAUUCACAUCCCCCCUCAAAUUGAUGCUGCUUGUCAAUGAGCAUCAAUUUGCUAACAAGAAACUGAUGACGUGGACGCGGAACAACCUUGGUAAGAAUAUCUGCAAUCUGCAACUGAGUACUGACAUGAGGAAGUGAUAUUAUUCUGUCAUCAUAAGCGUCACGGAUUGAGUGACAAUCAACUUCAAUAUGUUUGGUGCGUUCAUGAAAAACAGGAUUCGCAACAAUUUGGAUGACACUUGUAUUGUCAGCAUAAAGUGAAGUGGGCUCUAUUUGAGGAAAUCCAAGUUCAUCCAAAAGACCACAAAGCCAAAUUAUUUCAGAACAAGCAGCAGACAUGGCACGAUACUCAGAUUCAGUAGAAGAUUUAGAGACUCUCGCUUGUUUCUUACUU